AUGCCAUUACCUUUACAGUUAGCUAUCAAGCCUAUUGAGUCCCCGUCAAUUGGGCCCUGGUACAAGGGGUUUGAACCGCGAGUCGAAAUUUUGCCAAAAGGGUGGGAUGGAAUUGAUGGUAUGCCGCUACAAAGUGAUAUACUUGUCCAGCAUGAUGUGGCAGUCAAGGUCCGCGACGGCUGCACCCUCUACUGCGAUAUUUUCCGACCAGCAGACUCAGGUCCCGGCAAUAAAAUCCCGGCAAUAGUUGCGUGGAGCCCCUUUGGAAAGAAAUACAAUAGUGAGGGUCUCUUAGUUCACCUCCCCUGGAGGGUGGGUGUACGUAAAGAUGAGCUCAGCGGCCUAGCAAAGUUUGAGGCUCCAGACCCAGCAACAUUCUGUGCGCGAGGGUAUGCAGUUGUGAAUGUCGACUCACGUGGAGCUGGUGACUCUGAUGGUUCAAUGGUCAUUAUGGGGUCCCAAGAGGCCGAGGAUGGCUAUGACUUUAUUGAGUCGCUGGCGAGAAUGGACUGGUGUACAGGAAACAUCGGACUGGCAGGCAAUUCCCACUUAGCUAUUGUGCAGUGGUUUAUCGCUGCUCUACGACCACCGUCUCUCAAAGCGAUUGCACCGUGGGAAGGGGCCGCCGAUUUGUACAGAGAACAGUUUGUACGUGGAGGAGCCUGGGAUAGUGGUUUGUUUGAUUUUAUCACUCAACACAUUAUCCGGGGUAGACAUGGCAUGGAAGAUUUUGCCGAGAUGUACAAGCGCUCUCCUCUGCAGAAUGACUACUGGAAAGACAAAAGAGCCAACAUCAAGAACAUUAAUAUUCCGGCAUAUAUUACAGCAUCAUACUCUACGGCUUUGCAUACUAUGGGUGCUAUACGUGGUUACCUAGAAGUCGACAAUCCAAACGUUUGGCUUCGAUGGACUUCUACACAAGAGUGGCAUGACAUCUGGGCAGUGCCUGAGUCUAUUCAAGAGUUGGGUGACUUUUUCGAUCGAUAUCUUAAAGGAAUCAAAAAUGACUGGGAAAGAACUCCAAAAGUCAGGAUGACAGUCCUCAAGUUUGGCAACGAAGACCCUGUUUAUCCCAUCAACUUGGAGGACUAUCCUGUACCGAAUACAGAUUAUCGAAAGCUAUACUUGACAUCGCAAAACAAGCUUUCAGCAAAUCCUCCAACCGAAGAAGGGCACAUUUCAUACAACUCGGAAGGAAACUCUCAGGAGUUUGUGAGUUUCAAUCACACGUUCAUGGAGAAAACACAGCUCGUUGGGCUUCCAAAAGCGAUCAUCUACGUCUCUUGUGAUGAAUUUGAUGACCUGACCCUGUACGUGCUUCUCAGGAAGCUGGACUGCAACGGAGAGCCGAUGUUCAAUUUAAAUAUCCCAUGGCAUCGCGCACCUGUGGCUCGCAUAGAAGAUAUCGAGGAAAAGGAUCAGGCGGCGGUCAUUCUCUAUAUGGGUCCUCUGGGCAUUCUCCGUGCCUCGCAUCGCAACAUCGAUGAAUCUAAGUCUUUGCACCCCCAGUACCCCUUUCAUCCGCAUGAUCGUGAAGAAAAGAUUACACCUGGGACGGUCGUGAAGCUAGAAAUUGGUAUAUGGGCGAUGGGAAUUGAAUAUCAGGCGGGGGAGUCGAUCAGUGUACAAAUCUCAGGAAACUUUCCUCUUAUUGCCGAGUAUCGCGAUGGUUCAGAGAUACCCCCGUUGGAAGUGAAGAACCGAGGGAGACACAAGAUACAUUUUGGAGGGGAAUACCCAAGCCAUGUUAUCCUGCCAUUCAUUUAG